GUUGUGUUUGCCGUGUUUGUUGGUGUUAUUAUAUUAAAAUUAUUUAAAAAGAUAUGGAGUCACAAAUAUUAAACGGUGAUCCGGAGCAGGAGUACACGGCGGGUGUUCGUCUAGUUGUGCUCAAUCUACCUGAAGAUGAAGGUGAGGGUCUUGGCUUCCGGUUAACGAGAACGUUGUGGGACCCGUACCCUUGGGUUCAUGAAGUGACUACAGAUUCCAGAGCCGAUAUCGCUGGUUUGAGGAGAGGGGAUUGCUUACUUCAAGCAGAUGGCAAAGAUUUGCUUGGUCUACCGAUCGGUAAGGUGGCUGGUCUAAUACGUGGGGAUGGUGAAGGGCAUGGCGUUUCUCUAUUAGUAUGGAACUGCGGUGUUGACCCCAAAGAUGAUCCCGAGUUGCUAUGGAGCUGUGGUGGCGGUUCACGUGGCGAAAAAUCUCGUCGUGCACUUGCUGGAGUCGUGAAAGCCUUGUCGUGCUGCGUGUGCGCUUCGACCGCUACGAAAGCUCUCAAUUGUGCACGAUCGCAUUUGUAUUGUGAAGGUUGCUGGAGUCGACUAGAAAGGUGCGCGCUGUGUCGAGAAACUUUGCCCGCAAAAGAUUCGCCCUUCGCUAGGAACUUGAUAGCUGAACAGGUAUUCGAAGCCAUAGCAACAGAGUACGAAAUAAAACACGCGAUACAAAGAAUUCAAACCAAAUCAGCACACACGUCUCCGAGCCGAUCUCCGAAUAUUUCACCUACAACGAAUCGUAAAGGACAAUACCAAUUAUCAAUGAUGCAAAGGAAUCGUAAAAAUAUCCAAACGAAUGAGAAAUUCGCAUCCGAUCCUAAUAUUAAUCGACAACUCGAUCCUCAUACAUCGCGGAGCACUAAACCGUUAGAGAAUUGUCAUACGUGUACGCCAGCCCCUAAAUUGAUAGGAAAUUUUCAUACUAGCAAUAUUAAUGACAAUGAAGGGAAAUGCUGUCAAACUCAAACAACUAAUAACAAUGAUUCUCAUAUAAAAAAUUUGAAAGUGCCGCUGAUUAAUAUUGAAGAUACAAGUAACAGUUGUUCGUGUAAUUGUCAAUUACAACAUAAAUUGGUCGCUAGAUUGAGACAGGCAUGCUCGUUGGCUGAUUUACAAAACGCGGCCGCACAUAGUUACAGUUUAUCAAAAUCCUUGAAUAACAUUACUUUAAAUGAAAAAAGCAAUAACGACGGUCAACAUAGUAGUUCCAUGGAUAACUUAAAAAACGCAGAACCACCAGUAUUCCUGUUAUCAGCGCCGCCGAUAUAUGUACUGACAUGUGAACAUAGUCAAUAAACAUUGUUAAUUUGAAUUACGCUGC